AACCAAGUUGGUGGGUAGAAUAUCACAUAAUUAUGAGGAAGGAAGAUGGACCUAUAAAUCUAACUCUAGCAGAUUAAAUCUAUAUUUGUGUGGUGUUGUGGGUCGGAGAGAAGCAAUGGAACUGGGGCCAGAAUCCUGUGUUACCCUGAAUGAUGGACACAAGAUGCCAGUCAUUGGGUUUGGCACCUAUGCUCCAGACAAGUUUGACAAAUGCCUGGCAGAAGAUGCAACUAAAGUGGCCAUAGAGGUUGGAUUUCGCCACAUCGACUGCGCCUUCUUCUAUAGCAACGAGGCAGAGGUUGGAAGGGCAAUAAAGAUGAAGAUUGGUGAUGGGACAGUAAGGAGAGAAGAACUGUUCUACACUGGUAAGCUAUGGAACACGUACCAUGACCCUGAGCUGGUCCAGCCUGCGCUAAAGAAAUCCCUGCAGGACCUUCAGCUCGAUUACAUGGAUCUCUUUCUGAUACAUAUGCCUAUGGGACUAAAGCCAGGGGCAGAUCUCAUUCCAAGAGACGAGAGGGGUCACAUUAUUUAUCACAAGACGGAUCUACGUAAUACUUGGGAGGCAAUGGAGAAAUGCAAAGACGCAGGGCUGGUCAGAUCCAUUGGCGUCUCCAACUUUAACCGCCGGCAGCUGGAGCUGAUCCUUAAUAAGCCUGGGCUGAAAUAUAAACCCGUCUGUAACCAGGUGGAAUGUCACAUUUACCUGAACCAGAGCAAGCUGCUGGAGUUCUGCCAGUCCCAAGAGAUAGCGUUGGUGGGAUACGGCAUUCUGGGGUCCAGCCGAGAUGAGAAAUGGAUUGACCAGAAACUUCCGGUUCUUUUGGAGGAUCCAGUGCUGAAGGCCAUAGCUAGGAGACACUGUAAAUCGCCUGCCCAAGUGGCACUGAGAUACCUCCUGCAACGUGGGGUCGUGGCAUUGGCCAAGAGCUCAAAUCCAGAGAGAAUCAAAGAAAACUUCCAGGUGUUUGACUUCCAGCUGCCAGAAGAAGACAUAAAAGAACUAGAAGGUCUCAACAGGAAUUUGCGUUAUGUUGAUGCUAAAUUAUGGAGGGACCAUCCCCAAUAUCCUUUCCACGAUGAAUAUUAAAGUUCAAGAAGACUCGUCUCUCCAUGACCUGAGACUUAUAUAAUCGGUUAUGCCUACAACACAGACACUCAGCACGUAACAAUGGGGCGCUAACGAGGAAGAUAAACAAUAUUCCAUUCAUUUCCAAAGGCAGUGGAGGACAGUUCUGGUUUAGUGCCCCCCCCCCCUUUUGUCCCAUGAUGCUGUUGUGCUAAGCACCAAGCCAUAUGCUCUACCAGCACAUCCUCUGACCAGUUACCUAAGGGACUGACUCACUAUAUACAGUAUAUAUACAAUAUAACAUAUAGUAAUAGUAAUUAAUUCAGUUGCAUUGCAUGGCAGCAUAGAUAUCAGUGCAGUCUGCAUCAGAAUAUAUUCAUACUCAUCCCUGUAGCAUCAGCGUCUAUGGUAGAUGAACCUCACUUCCUGCUUGAUGAUUUCCCCGCCCCCUAAGCUUAGCUUCCCAGCAGCCCACUGAGCACGUGCAGUGCCACUGACACAUAAAACAUGUCAUAACAAGAUCCAAGAUGGGGGCUAAGGGGGCAACUGUGAAGGCAGGGGGCAUUACUGUUAUAGGGCUGCUGUACCUCUGGGCUAGUACAGUAUCUAAAAUACACCAUUUUAGACAUACAUACAAUAAUAAUAAUUUAUAAGAAUUUCACAUUAGCCGGGGGGCAUAUUUACAACACCCCCCCAGGUAAUUCUUUAUUGCUGUGUUUGGAAUCUCAUUUUACUGGGGUGUAAUAAAUGAUUGUGUAUCACAGAA